GCCGCCUCCUCCCCGCCCGCCGCCUCCCUCUCCGCUCCCGCCCUCCCCGCUCCGCGCUGCACGCACAGCCCCGCCGCCGCCGCCGCGAGGGGAGAGGCGGCCGCACAGCCUGCUUCCCCGCGCCCUGCUCGCCGCCGCCGCCGCCGCCGCCACCGCCGCUGCCCUCGCCCCGCUGAGCGCACCAGUCCGGGCACACGCACCCCGUUGCCGGGCGCCACCCCGCGCACUCCUCCCGCCGCUCCGCUGGGCAGAUGCGCCGCCGCGCGCCCCGCGCCCCGGGCCCGCCACAGAGCUCCGUCGCGCGCCGGGGGCUCCUCUCCCCGGCCCCCCUGGGUGCCCUCCGGCUGGGGCUCCCGCCCGCUCCUUGGAAUAACCCCUGAGGCUCCAGUCGUCGCCGCAAAGUUUCCCGAGGAGACCCGCCUCCCCGGCCGCUACGCAGGUGAAGAACAAGGAACAGGCGAGAAAGGCCCUGCUCUGGACAGCUGAGCCCCAGGGCUGAAGCAGGAAUAACCUACCCUUCUGCCUCACCCACUCCAGAAGCUUCUCUGCAAACAGGAGCAGCCAAGUAGACCAGCCCCUGCCCCCUAAAGUGACUUCCCAAAGCGGAGCACACAGGCCUGACAGCUCAGCAGUGCGAGGCGAGGUGAGGCGAGGCGAGGCGGCUGCAGCCUGCAGUGAACAUCUGAACUCCUCAGAGGGGCAGCAGACAGACAGACCCCCCCAUACACACAGAUGCAGCCUGAGUGGCAGGAAUACUGAUUCUUUGGAGAGUGGCUCCCUCUCAGCUCUGUCACGCAAGAGCGCUCUCUGCACUGAGCCAUUCUGCCAAGUGACUUAAAGGGAUUUAAAAAACAACAACAACAAAAAAAAACCUUGGUAAAGAAGAGAGUGCAGCAGUCCCAGCAGGGACAUUUCGGGAGAGGUGCGGCCUGUGGACAAAAGACCAAAGUUACAAAGAGCUGUGGUGGACGUGGUGGCCAGGGAGAGGCCACACCCCCCGGGGACUGGCGCUGGGCCAUAGGGCAUGUCCAGCUCAGGAGUCCCCGGGGGUGCCCCGUGCACCCCGAGCACACAACCCUCACUCCAGAGAGCCAAGCCAUCAGUACCUGUGGCCUAGGUGCCAAAGAUGCAGCUUGGGACCUGUAGCCAUAUCUGAAACCUGGCCGCAAGGAAGACUACAAGGUCCCAUACUCUCUGCGUGCCUCCGUGCUCCCUCUGCCCCCCAUACUCUCUGUGUGCCUCCGUGCUCCCUCUGCCCCCCAUACUCUCUGUGUGCCUCCGUGCUCCCUCUGCCUCCGGGGGUCGUAGUCUGUGGUUUUGAGCCUGCUGGUGACAUGGGGCCAAGGAUGUGAGUGUGGCCUGGAACUUUGAAGCAGUGACCAGUUGGGACCCAGUGGCUCCAGAGAGCAGCAGCAGAGGAGGUACUGAGACUCCAGGUGGUGGGUCAGGCCUCCACCAGCCAUCCACCAUGGUGGUGGCACACCCUGCCGCCACCGCUACCACCACGCCUGCUGCCACGGUCACAGCCACUGUCGUGAUGACCACGGCCACCAUGGACCUGCGGGACUGGCUGUUUCUGUGCUAUGGGCUUAUCGCCUUCCUCACAGAGGUCAUUGAUAGCACCACCUGCCCAUCAGUGUGCCGCUGUGACAAUGGCUUCAUCUACUGCAAUGACCGGGGACUCACAUCCAUCCCUUCAGACAUCCCUGACGAUGCCACCACCCUCUACCUACAGAACAACCAGAUCAACAAUGCAGGCAUCCCUCAGGACCUCAAGACCAAGGUCAAGGUGCAAGUCAUCUACCUGUAUGAGAAUGACCUGGAUGAGUUCCCUAUCAAUCUCCCUCGCUCCCUUCGAGAGCUGCAUCUGCAGGACAACAAUGUGCGCACCAUCGCCAGGGACUCCUUGGCUCGAAUCCCGCUGCUGGAGAAGCUGCACCUGGAUGACAACUCCGUUUCCACCGUGAGCAUUGAGGAGGACGCUUUCGCUGACAGCAAGCAGCUCAAGCUGCUGUUCCUGAGCCGGAACCACCUGAGCAGCAUCCCGUCCGGGCUGCCCCACACCCUGGAGGAACUGAGGUUGGAUGACAACCGCAUCUCUACCAUCCCCCUGCACGCGUUCAAGGGUCUCAACAGCCUGCGGCGCCUGGUUCUGGAUGGCAACCUGCUGGCCAACCAGCGCAUCGCCGACGACACCUUCAGCCGCCUGCAGAACCUCACAGAGCUGUCACUAGUGCGAAAUUCACUGGCUGCCCCGCCCCUUAAUCUGCCCAGUGCCCACCUGCAGAAGCUCUACCUGCAGGACAAUGCCAUCAGUCACAUUCCCUACAACACACUGGCCAAGAUGCGGGAGCUAGAGAGGUUGGACCUGUCCAACAACAACCUCACCACACUGCCCCGGGGCCUGUUUGAUGACCUGGGGAACCUGGCCCAGCUGCUCCUCAGGAACAACCCCUGGUUCUGUGGCUGUAACCUCAUGUGGCUGCGGGACUGGGUAAAGGCCAGGGCUGCAGUGGUCAAUGUGCGGGGCCUCAUGUGCCAGGGCCCCGAGAAGGUCCGGGGCAUGGCCAUCAAAGACAUCACCAGCGAGAUGGAUGAGUGCUUUGAGGCGGGUUCACAGGGGAGUGCCGCUAAUGCAGCCGCCAAGACCACAGUCAGCAACCACGCCUCCGCCACCACGCCCCAGGGCUCUCUGUUUACCCUCAAGGCCAAGAGGCCAGGACUACGCCUUCCUGACUCCAACAUUGACUACCCCAUGGCCACUGGUGAUGGCGCCAAGACAUUGGUCAUCCAGGUGAAGCCGCUGACAGCAGACUCUAUCCGAAUCACAUGGAAGGCUAUGCUACCUGCCUCUUCUUUCCGGCUCAGUUGGCUGCGUCUGGGCCAUAGCCCAGCUGUGGGCUCUAUCACAGAGACCCUGGUGCAGGGGGACAAGACAGAGUACUUGCUGACAGCACUGGAGCCCAAGUCCACCUACAUCAUCUGUAUGGUCACCAUGGAGACUGGCAACACCUACGUGGCUGAUGAGACACCUGUGUGUGCCAAGGCAGAGACAGCUGAUAGCUAUGGCCCCACCACCACACUCAAUCAGGAACAGAAUGCUGGCCCUAUGGCGGGGCUGCCGCUGGCUGGCAUUAUUGGUGGUGCCGUGGCUCUUGUAUUUCUCUUCCUAGUCCUGGGAGCCAUUUGCUGGUAUGUGCACCGGGCCGGUGAGCUGCUGACCCGAGAGAGGGUGUACAACAGGGGCAGCAGGAGGAAAGAUGACUACAUGGAGUCAGGGACCAAGAAGGAUAACUCCAUUCUAGAAAUCCGUGGCCCAGGACUGCAGAUGCUACCCAUCAACCCGUACCGCUCCAAAGAGGAGUACGUGGUGCACACCAUAUUCCCCUCCAAUGGCAGCAGCCUCUGCAAGGGCGCCCACACUAUCGGCUAUGGCACCACACGAGGCUACCGGGAAGCUGGCAUCCCUGAUGUGGACUACUCCUACACAUGAAGCCGGCCGCCCUGGUGCACUCACGUGGCUCUGUCUAGCCUACUGCAACACCAGGAGCCAGGAAGAGAAACUCCACAGUGACUUUCCAAGCAGAAAGCAAAGUUUGGGGAGGGUUGGUGAUUUUGCAGAACACCACAGUGGGGUUAAAAAAAAAAAUACAUAGAAGGCAGGAGGGGGAAUUCAGCAUUGUUGGAGAUGUAAUUUAUACCAGAUCAUGAGAGUUAAAGACUAAGAAUAAUCUCGCAGGUUGGGUUGGGUUGGGACUUUUUUGUGUUUGUUUCCUGAACCAGAUUGAUACUACCUGUACAACAUUUAUAUACACCUCGAGCUCCAUUCAGGGCCGUCAGAGAGAAGCAGAUGACAAACACACGUGACGGCACGGAGCUUCCCCAAGCAACCGUCCUUCUGGCUGCUCACGGGUGACAACUCAGUGCAAGGUUUUUGGGUUCCUCACAAAAGAGCCAGGGGAAGAAAAAGCCUUUUUGUUAUGGAGACAGUGUCCUGAAAUCUCUUCCCUGGUCUUUUCCAUGCUGUUUCCUUCCCAGAUCGACAGAAAUAUGGCUUUCUCCGAGACGCUCUCAACAAUACCAUAGUCAAUUAAAAGAAAAAUAAUCGAAACUUUUCCUUCCAAUGCUGAGCACUUCGGUACCAUUCACCGGACUCCUCAGAAGGUCUGGCGCAAGAUGUAGCUUCCCCUGCCUCGUGGAGGUGCAUCUGUCUGCCCACCCAUGGCCGCCGCGCCCUUUGUUUCAGUACAGAUGGGUAGAUAGAGCUUCGUGUCUGUCCUCUCAGCACUUCUUGGGUCAGUCCUUGACAUUUCCUCAGACAAUAGAAUUGCAAAAAAUCUUGCUUUCUUCUAGAAAUCAUUGAGUGAGUAAGUAGAGCGAGUGUAGGUGGAGGGGAGGUCCCUCAGGCCAGGUGGUAGGAAAAGCCUCAGGCCAGUGGUAGGAGAUCCUGUGUCAGCCAGCCCAGAGCCGGGUCACUCCCUUUUCUGACAUGGAGAAAGGCUUUCCUUGACGACCAGUGCCCUCAUCUGUCCUUCCCCCAAUAGAUGUUGUCCCCACAAUAGUGUUUACUCUUUCUCCUGGGACAGGUAAUUUAUAAACAGGAACUGUUUAUAAAUAUAUGUGUGUGCUCACAUGCACAUCAGCUGGGUUUCCAUGGCUGCCCAAACAAAGCCCAGAAAAAAUGAAAAACAAAUUUUCAGAAAAUCACUGGGAGACAUCAGUAUACACACACACAGACACACACAUACACACACACACACACACACACACACACACAAUCUCAGCCAUGCCCACAUUAGGGGCUCUGUUCUCAAGAGGGAAAAAAGUCAGAUUUCUUUGUUAAAAAAAAAAAAAAUCAACCUCCAAAAGGGUACUGACCGGGGCCCUCAGAAGAGCGAAGAUUUUAUUCCCUCCCUGUGGAAUCAAUGUCGUUAUCAUUUAUCAACUGACACCACAGUGUGGUGAGCCAUGAGAUUAAAACCAUGAUAAAAUAAUGACAGCAAAUCCAGAAAGGAGGGAAGAGCGGUGCCUGGGGUUCUGAUGUCUGCUUCGUCCUGUACUUGGGGAGCCUGGGUCACCAUCUGUCAAUGCAUCGCUUUGCCCUGCACUGGGGAAAAAAAGUCAUCAAAGGGAAGACGCUGGUCUGAGGGCAGCCAGAUGAGAAGGGGUCCAGCUCCUGAUAUUGAUGUUUUCAAAAGACCUCUGCCACUCCAUCCAAAGCAAAGGCAGGAAGAAGAGGCCAGGCAGCUGCCCAAAAUGUACCUGGUGGGACAUCCGCUUGCUGGACAUUAAAGAGCCAACUGGCCCUUCAGUGAAGAGAUGAGAUAGAAAGAAAUGGACCCGGCAGGGGCCUCAGAGUAGUGGGAAGAGGCACAAGCUCCUGAUCACAGCCCAAGGGGUCAUUACACCAAAUGGAGACCCCCAACCCACCAGCCCCAGGAAACGGCCAAGGGCUAUGGACGUGGAUCACUCCAAAGGAGACCUUUCUUCCUCUUCAUCCCAAGUCCUUUUCCCCACAUAAUGAGGUCAAGAGAAAAACGUUCCCGAGCCUCAGAUUCAGGUCUGUAUAAACAUGCACCCUGGAGUCCCAAUGACCCUAACAAUGCCCUAGUCCUGGCAGGCUCAGAGGAGACUCCUCUGUAAGGAACAGGUGUGUGAGGAGAGUCCCAGGUGCUGAACAAGGCAUCGCGGGCACCAUGCCAGCCUUCUCCAGGGCCGCAGGAAAAUAAAACUCCACGUCUUCAUGCCUACCUUGCACCUGUAACUUGCCCUGUCCCAUAGACUUUCAUGUCCCCCUUCCCUAUUUCCUGCCCCAGAAAGGGUCUGGUGGUUAAGAUGAUGGUUAGGAACAGCAGAUGGCCUACACCCCGAGAGCUGCCUGGAAGGCCCUACUUGGAGAUUCAGGAGCCUGUGGGCCAAAUGCUUGAAACACCUGGGCUGUGGUAAAUUUCUUCCCCCCACUGCACAGAGUAAGCCUGAUCCACAGGAGCCUUGGCAGUCACAGGCAGAAUGUCAAAGGUUAAGGACCAGUCUAAGGGGGCUCAUUCCAUAUUACACCCAGUCGGAGAGCCCAGGGGUCCAUUGCCCUCUGAAGAGUACUAAAUGCUGGUCAGAGUGAACACUACCCAGCCACGGCCCUGAAGCCCCUCCAAGAUCAUUUCCGGUGUCAUUUCUACCCCCUCUUGUCCUAACAUUUUCCCAGUACCCUUUAUUCUGUAUGUGUUGGGGAUGGAGAAAUACUGAAGACUAAAUCCAGGGCCUAGCUGUGCAAGGCGAACACCCCACCACUGUGCUAUGUCCUCAGCACCACACUUGGGGACAUCCUUUCAGAAAGCCCCCAAGUGUGACCUUUGUCCCAGUCCUCUAAAGGAGACAAAAGAACCUGGCUUCUGGCCUCACAAUACAAUAGAAGAGGUUCAGGGCACCAGCCUCCUCUAACCUCAGAAGCAAGGGAGGCCAAGGUUGGCACUGGACGGCCAAUGGGAUCCUGUCUCUGUGCAGCUAACAUUCCCAUAGGGAAGUCUGUGGCCAGCCAGCCUGACCCUCACAGUUUCUAACCAGCCAGAACCACCUCUGUGGCCUCAGCUCCGGGAAGUGUAUUUUGUGGCAUUUAAGGCAAGUUUAAACUACAAAAAAAAAAAAGCCAGUGACACUUCUUUGGUUAAGUGGUUUACCCUUCGUGGUAAUUAGAUGCAGCGAUUGGAAUCUCUUUUUCUAUUACAUGGCAAUUUUAUUUUAAAUUUCCUCUUUAAAAAAAAAAUCGGGGAAGAAAAGGCAAGGAAGGAGAGAGGCAUCAGGGCCAGGGGCAUUUGCAUUUUGCGAAUGAAGCCUCUGGUAGGCUCAGCUCAGGCGUGUGGCCCAACGUAUGGAAUGCUUAAGAGAUUACUAAGAAUAAAAUCUAUUAAUUAGUCAUACUCAAUUCCGCAGACAUGACGUGAAUCAAAAGCUCCUUUUCUUCCCUCAUCUGCAUCCUCUUCCUGAGGAAGCCUCCAUCUUCCCUGAAAGGCUGCCUCCUGGCCUGCCUCCUCCUCAGUGGAGCUCAGCCUUGGCCCUGUGUUGCAGAUCCUCACCUGGAGAACAGGUGUGGGUACACUGCACUGUCCUACCCUGGGCCAUGCUGGCAGGGAGAGGCCAGCCUUCCCUCCCUGGAGCCAGAAGCCCAUCCAUCCCUGCCCCAUGCUUCAUGCUACUCCUUCCUCCUCUGAACUCCUUUCCCAGACGUUCCCAGUAGGUCAGCUGCCCAGCUCAGCCCCAGUGAGGGAGCCAGGAGCAAGCAUGUUAUGCAAAUGCAAGCUUCCAUCUCUAAGUGAAGGUGUCUGGGGCAGAUUCUAGCUUCAUGAAGACCCUGUGAGAGCAACCCCUCCGUGCUGAGUCUGGAAGGUUCUAAUGGGCUCAGGGCAGUGGGGGAACCCGUGCUGGGUAGGAAGAGCCAGUGUGACUCUGAGUCCACAGCAGGGAUGGGCAGUGUGUCUGGAAUGGCCUCCCAGCUUGAGCUUCCUCCCUCACUGCUCCUGGCAAGAGAGUAAGAAACCAAAGUCAGACCCACACUGAGGACCCUUCCCCUGAACUCCCCCCCAAGUCAGUUCGAGUCCUGAAGCCAGCCCUCUUCAGACAUCUGCUUUCCACUGAGCACACCAGGGAGGAGGCCAAGGCUUCGGAGCCUCUUGCUUAUGAAAAAUACAACAAGGGAAACUGGGUGCAGCAGCCGGGGAGCUGUGCAGAGGCAGCAGGGACAGGCUUGAGUGGGCAUGGUGGCCUGAAUCUCCCAAGGGCCAGAUGACAUGUCACAGCCAGGGUCGGGGCUGCAGGCCUCUCGUGAGCCACGGUUCUGACUCACACAGACAGUGGCGCAGGUGACAGCAGCUGAGGCUGAAGCUGGGUGGGUGCCAGGGUGAGCACUAGCAAGCAAUUCUCAGGCUUUCCAGAGAGCAGGGCAAGGAGGCUUUUUUUUUUUUUUUUUUUUUUUUUUUUUUUUUUUUGGUAAGGAGGAUAAAAAGGCUCAAAAAUGCAAAUCAUUACCGUUUACAACCAAGCGAGUCUGCUAAAUUGAUUAGAAGAGAUUAAACUCCUUGGAGGUGAAGGGGAAGGGGGAUUUUUUUUUGUGGGUUAUGAACCUGCCCCAAGUGGCGGCCCACACAGCAGGCAUUUUCCGGGUCUGGAUGGGAGGGGGUAGCAGCUGUUCCUGCCUAGCUCCCUGAGGAGCUGGCAUCUCUAAGGCCUGCACAAAUUGAAUAGCUGAGGCCAGGGCCAUGGGAACGGAAAGGGUCACUGUUGCCCGGACAGGUCAUCCAGCAGCUGUGCCAGUCCCUGGGCAGUCUCUGAUCCUGUCACCUAGGGUCAAUCUGUCUUGAGAGAUGGCAAGCCACAUCUGGAUCAGAGGAAGUAGUCUGCGCCAUCACUUGGAGAGUAAGACUUCAGAGCCAUGAGACUGUCCUGUAUCCUUAUGCUGGGGACCUGCUGCUCUCUGGGGCCAGAGAAAGAGUGAGGCCAGCUGUAAAGAAGAAACUGAAGGUCAGGAGUGAGAAGCUUGGGCCCAGCAGAGGAAGCAGAUGGUGACCUGCCUGUGCAUCCCAUGAAGCACCCUGGCGCUAUCUGACCGACAGCUCUCCAGCUUGAGCUGAGGCCUGGGGCUUUGUCUAGAAGAUUCUGGCUCCCACGCUUGCUUUGUCACAACCUCCAGGACAGGAUGUACAAAGACAUCCUUCCCCAGUCGGUGCUCAGCAGGUACUGAGGGAUACUGACAGGACACAUGCUGGGCUCAGCACUGCACGCCCCAGGAUGUCCCUGGACCUGUUCCCUCAAGCCGGGCUGCCUCACACCCAGGAGUAACCAGCGGUCUCAGCACUGCCAGCCAGUCCAUCCAUCACAGCCGGCUGAUGGUGCCUGGAGCUCUCUUGGAAUGCUCACCAGUUUUUAGGCAUUUACCGAUUCUUUUGGAGUGUCCCAAUCAUUUGUGUGAAAUACCCACAUUGGCUUCUUUGAAAACAACUGACAAAAAGGCUCCCUUUCUCUCUUCCCGCCUUUUUUUUUUUUCUUUUUCUCCACCCCACUCCCACCCCUGAUGUUUUGAGUCUGGCACAGACCCAUAGCCCAGGUUGGCUUCGAACCCUUUAUGUAGCUAAUAAUACCAUAAAUUUCUGAUCCUCCUGUCUCUACCUCUUUCAGAUUUUAAUGUAUGGCUUUUUUCCCUCCUUGAUUCUGGUAAUUUCAUUGUCCCUGGGGCUACUCCAACUCUCCCAUCGUGAGGGGCUUGCAGAGUGUGCCACACAGGAGAUGGGCACCAGCUCUCUUCAUGUCUCUCCUGACCUGUGUGCAGACAAGCUCCCUAGCCUGGGGCUGCUCCUGCUUCUGGAAGCCACCCUGGGCUCUCUGAAACCACUGUCAGGAUUCCUUGCUGCUGAGUUGUCCAGCUUGUGCCAGGAGGGACUUGUGGGUAUGGGGUGGGAAGUGUGCCCAGUAGGCGGGUGGCUCAGCCCCCGCUUCACACAGCCUGACUCCCCAAGACACUGCUACCAGCACGUCAACUCAGCAGGGAUUUGGUUUCCCUACCUGGGGACCAAGGAUCAGCAGGGAACCUGGAACCCCUUACCGCCUUCUCUUCCCACGUGCCAUCUGUCCACUCAUGAGAAGGCCUGAGGGCUGGCAGGGAGGCCCUUCUGUCCUGCACCUGGCUGGUGGCCUGGUCAGGAGAGGGGCUCACCUGGGACACUCCUCACAGAAGCCUCCCACCCCGCUUUGCUUCAGGAUUGGUGUUUCUCCAGCAGAUGGGAAAUGAAGAUUCAGUGAGAUCGGGCAGCAUCACAGCCUGAAUGGGUGACUCAGUUUCCCUUCUCCAAGAUUUGCAUCAAGUGGGUGAGGGGGGUUGGCAGAGAACUAGAGAGACCUGGAGGCGGAGUGGAGUGGUAUAAGAAGAUCUAAGGCAACAGCCUGCCUUGCCUGCCACCCCUGCAGAGUCCCCGCACCCCAGCCACCCGCCUGGAGGAACUAAUCAGACUUUCUCUUCAAGACAGAAAAACAAGCACGACAUGAACCGACAAUCAAAGCCGCAGCAGGCCCCAGGCUGCCGCUGCUCAUUCUCCCAGGGGCCCAUGGUUCCAAACAGCUCUCAACCUGCCUUGGAUGGAAGGCAAAAUAGCGGGUCCCCCACCCCUACCCCUCCUGUGACCAGUCCAUCUCUGAAGGUUCUGGACACAAAGUGGGUAAGCUCCACACACAAAACCCCAAAGUAGCCUUAGGCAUUUCCCCCAGCCCAGCAUGACCACCUGAGAAUGGCUUUAACCAAUAAGCCACUUGGGCAUCUAGGGUAUAGUGUAAAAGUGAGGUCCUGUUGUCCUCCAGCCCCUCCAGUGAGGCUGAGGGUUGUGAGGAGGAAACCACAGGCCCAGUAUAGGAGGCUUGGUCAUCUGAGAGAAGAAGGGAGAGGUGGUACUGAAGGCUGGGAGUCAACCAGUCAGGCUCUGGAGACCUGCACCUGUGCUGGCUAGUACCACCAGCAGGUGUGAGCAAGGAUGGCAGGGGUACAGGCCGCCUCACAUGACCCCUAUUCCCAUGUAAGGACCGCAGAGUGGAGGAUUUGGCAGAGGCAUCCUCCCAGUGUACAAAGGAUGCUUGUUGGUAUUGCCAAGUAAGUGAGAACAGGUAUUGGGAAGUAUAGCCUGGUUCCCAGUUCUGAGGUGGUCCAUGGCCGACCUCUGGGGAUUGGAUAGGCUCUUUGCUAAAGGUGGGCUGCCUGCCCAGCCCAAGGCAAUGAGGCAGGCCCUGAACUACCAGGGUUCCAAGCCCUUGCUCUGUUUCAGCCAAACUUGGAACCCUGGAGCCUGUUGAAUGCUCACCCCUCUCUUUUCUUUUUCUCUGAAAGGCAGAACAGUCUGAAGGAAGGGGUCUGAGUACUAGGAGCCCCGCCCCCCUUCAGGUGGCAGCUGCAGCUGGGAACUGGCAGGCACAGGCAGACUAGGCCCUGCUCUCUGGAAGGCCUGGCUACACCCAGCCUAAUGGCCCACCUGCUUCACUCCGACUCUGCCACUAGACAAGGGUUUUUCAGAAAAUGGCGACACAAACACCCCACCACCACGACAACAACACAAACCAAAGUGCACUCCAAACCGCCCUUUGGCCUCCUUCAAUGUAGGUGCCUUGAAACUUCAAUGUUGAGAUGAAUGUGACUAAUUACUUGGUCCUAUUUUCUGUUUGUCUGUUUCAUAUAAAAUGUCCAAGUCCA